UCGGUUUGCUCUUUGUAAACUUUUCAAACUUUUUGGUGUAACUGAAUUGGGAACUGGUUAAGACUUGCCUCAGACAUUGGCGUGUCGUGUUUUGUUAUAGAUCUGUUGGUUUAGGACGUGAUUUGAGGAAAUAUUGUAUCCGUUGGUUUAGGGAAAUAUUUCACACGGACUAUCCAUGUAUACUUUGGCACCUCGCGUUUUGUGUUGAAUAUCAAAUAUGUUGUGUUUCAUGAACGACUUACAACUCAAGUCAGUUGAGCAGUUUUUCUCGUUACUCUAGUCUGCUAGUGCCCAGUGGGUCACUUGGUCGACUUCUCUAGACGAUUAUUGUUUAAACAAUUUUAAAAUGUACAGUGGCGCUUGGAAAGUUAUCAUCGAUUGAUAUUGUUUUCACCUUUUAGUUUUUUAAUAUGGGAUAUUAGUGACGGAUAUUUAUAGCUCUGUGUCAUUGUGACGUAGGUAAACAAUAUGACGCGUCACUGCCCUGAUUCACAUUCUCAAAGGCGCGAAUGUUUUCGUCUGGUUACGUAACAUUACUCGUUAGUUUGUUGACAAACAGAACAAAAUACUGCGCCGUGAAGGACUAAUUAUAGUUGAUUACAUCCUGGAUAAAUGAUACGAGCGAUUCUGCUGACUAAGAUUUGUGUUUCGUGACCACGCCUAUGUUUAGGCCACCCUUGUUCGUGUGGCCAUCCUAUUUGUGUGAGGUCACCGAGAGCUCGAGACGUUGAUUACUUUCUGCCUGGUUUCUGGGCUAAGGAAUUAAAGUUUAAUUGUCUGCUGGCACUCAGCAGGGGGUCUGCUGAUUAUUGAUUAGCCGUGGGGGAGAUGGAGGGUAAAACAGCUGAUGAGCACCAUCUACAGGUGUAUGUUACCAUGGUCGGAGUCAUGUGUGGCAGCCCUGCAGGGGUGGCUCAGCUCAUCAACUAUUUUGACUUGCAGAGCAGGAGACUGGACAAACAGAGCUACCACCAUGCACCAUUCAACUCUGACUUUGAGUCUCUUAUCAAAUUCAAUGGGGUCCCCAUUCUACCACCAGCUGUAAGGAGACAUUUUACCAUCACAUCAAGCAGACGUGAUGAGCUCAUCAAACACAAAAAGGACGCAGUUUUACUGGAGAAGAGACUCAAGGCUAGACAGAGGCGCCAUUUAUUACCCAGAGGAGGGGAUGCAUCCAGCCUUCAACCAAUGGGCAAUUACCCAGAAUUCCUUGGCACCAGACCAGCAGCCAGACAGCUGAACUUUGACUCCCAGGACCCCUACCUACCUGUGGGCCCCAGCCUGCUGCAGGAAAGGCUUGAGGCCACCAACCCACUCAGUACUUACGCUGCUGCAGAAACUCUGGAAGACUUCGCCCUUCAGACACUGGACUCUGUGGGCUCCGACUUCAUGAGCAUGGAUGAGAGCUCAAUCCCUAAGCUCUUCAGUGGCCUGGCGCUCACAUCUUUCAAAGAGCAGAAGAUCUCUUAUGAUCUUGAUCGUCUUUCAAAAGCCUUAAAACUCGGCUCCACAAGUGGGAGUGACCUCAGUGAUACAGUUGGCAGCAGUCGAGCAACAGAAGAGGAUGACACCGGAACUGCCAGUAGAUUUGCGGAGAAGCUUCUAGUCCACAGAGGGGCAGAUGCAGGGGACAGCCAGUCAGCGAGUUUUUUCCACGAGAGCCAGGACACUGUGGUGGAGGUAUCCCCGGAGCCAGGGGACAACACCAUCACGUCUGGGUUUGUUGAGAACACAAAUUCUUCCAACCUGGAGCAGAGCCAGAACAGCCCUGGCAGCUCACCGGGUUACGGGUCGGCCCAUACAAACACGACCCCGGAGAGCCAGCUGAGCAACAGGAGCAGUCCCAAGUCUUUGAAGAGCACCGUACACUUCUCCUCGUACGUGACAGAGUACAACCCUAGAGCAAGUCAAAACUUAUGUGAGCAUAUUAUGGUUGUUAAAAAAAAGAUAUCGUAUGACAAUUUGAUUCCUGAUAGUGUUGGUCAGAAGGAUGUUGUUUUGCCUAGGAUUCUUAAUCCUGGUGAAACAAGACAGAAACAUAUGUUGUCACAGAAGUUAAGUGAUCCUGAGACAUCUAACGUUUUCCAGUUUUCUGUUGUCUCUGAUCAAGACUCCAGUCAAAAGACUUCCCCAGCCCAUAGUUCAAUUGGGUGGAGAUCAGAAACACAUGGGUCUGAUAAAGAAAAUGAUAACGUGCAUAAAUCUUCUAAUCGUGGGCACAGAAAGUCACCAGACCAGUGGCAGGGAGAGAGUGGUCAGCUACAGGAUAGGGCUGGUCAGUCUGUUGGUCAAAGUUCCAGCAGCACAGGCACUGAAGGUCAACCUUUUCUAAAUAUAACAGGUGCCAGUCACAUGACAUCAUCACAUGAUCACUCUGAACAAACAGACCAGUCAGUUUCUCAUGCCACGUCUGUGUCUGACUCGCAAGCAUCAAGCAAGAUAAGUGGACCAGCACUGACCUCAGGUUCCAGCAGUAGCACCAUCAGGGACUCAGUCCUAGCCUUGAACAUCACAGAGUCUGUCAGCGAAGACGUUCCACCAUCUUCACAUGACUCUAGCGACCACCCAUCUGCUACUAGUAUACAAACUUCACCCAAGAAACUGAAUACAAACACAACGUCCACUGAAGAUGACCCAGAGGAUCCACCCACGGCAUUUGUCCGCAGAGGUUCUUACACCCUGAGUGAGCCAUCCCCGGCUUUGUUACGUGUUAGGUCUAAACUGAAAGCUGAACAGAAACAAAGAGACACCACUCCGACAGCUAAACUGGAGAAGGCAAAGGAUAAAAUCAAGAGUCAGACUAGGAAUGCUGUAAAAAGCCAAGCUGUGGGUGUGAAAGAUGGUGUAGAGGAGAAGAGAGUGGGCAGCUUGACCCCAUCCCAGUCUGAGCAGGAGGGCAAGGCUGAGCACAUCAACAAGUACCUGAGCCAAGUCCAGUUCCAGAACUCCAUGAACUUCAGCACCCAGAGCUGGGAGGUCUCUCACCUGACUGAAGAUGGUAAACCUUAUUUCUUACCUGAGGAAGGUGGGGAGGAUGAGGAGCAUGAUACUAGCUCUUCUAUACUGGAGAUUUUAAAAUCAAUGUCAGAGAGCCAAGGCAGUGUAGAUGCAGUCAGUGUGGAGGAGUUACUGUCCCUACACCAGCAGCAGAUGGAGAGGAAGCGGCAAGAGUUAAUCAACCAACAACAACAAGAAAUGGAAGAACUCUUUGUGCAACAGCGACGAGAAGUGAUGUUGUUGGAAGCGGAGAUAAAGGCAGCUCAGCAGCAGGAGAGAGAACAUGAAGAUUUUAUCAUCAAGAACGCUCCGGAAAAUAUCAAGGUGAAAUCCAGGAAUCACACAAGUGAGUUUAGUCCACAAAAUACCAUUGACAGCAUCAGGGUUACAUUAGCCCAUCAAGUUGUUGACCAUAUAAGUGAAUCUUCGUCUACUGGACAAAAGACUCAGCAGGGAAAUAUGAAAGUUCUAAAGAACAGCCACAGUAAAGGUCGUAUUGUGUCAAAAAAUGUCGCUAAUGACACUAAAAGACAUUUGAAAAAGUUCUAUGAAGAUAAUGAAUCAUGUACAGCCAGUUUUUCUCCACAAUCUGACACGCCUCAUGACCCAGUGGGAAUAGCCAACCGGAUCCCAGAGUUCAGUCCGUCUGCUCCAUCACCCCGCAUACAUCGCCCACUGGUCAUAAGAUCUCCAUUAAAAACCAGUUCAGUAUCCAGACACGAAGGACACAUCUUUGUUCCGCCCAAGGCUCAUCAUCCUGAAUUCCAAGCCAAAUUUGACAGAGUGAGUGCUGUGGCUAAAGGUUUCCUUACAAGAUGUCUUCUUCGUUCAGAUAAAGUUCAGGAAUUAAUUAAAACUAUUCAUGAUACCCGUGAAUUUGCAUUUAACUUCCAAACAGAAACACCAAUUAAAAAAGGUGUUUUCUCUUCUCAAGACAGGGCACUCUUAGAACGUAUAGUAGCUCAGCUUCAAGCUGCCCUUCUUGAUAUUCAUGAGAUUUUCUUUGAGAUUCCACCUUCAGACCGCAUGGCCCUUAUAGAGCAGACACGCAUUAAAGAAUAUGAAAAGAGAAUUAAAUCAUCUACAGAGAGUAUGAGAGGAUCAGGGCCCAGAAUAAGUCAAGCUACAUUGAAAGCUUUAGAGAGAAAGAAAAAAGCCAGAGAAACCGAAGCUUCAUCAUCAAUGGGUUCUACUAGAACAAUGUCUGUCCCAUCAUUAGUUAGCAAUGGCAAACUACAGAACCAAAUGGACUUGAGAGCAUUAAAACCACUUCAAGGGCAAAGCCAUUCCUAUAUCUCAAAAACUAAAGAAAACAGCAGAUUAGAUAAAGAUCGUCACAGAGCAGGUUCAGAGAAGCAGCUGACCAAACCCAAGCGUAUAACAGCCCCGGCGAUAAAACCAGCUCUUUCUGCUGCUGCUAUAACAGACUCUAAUAAAGAAGGUAUGUUUGUUCAGAAAACCAUAGCCACUAGCAGAAAUACCAGCAAGUCCAAGAUGGCUUCUAACAAGACAUCAGGCAGCAGAGCUGGAACAUCAUGGAGAUGACAUCUAUGCCAACUGUCAUCAUGUUCAGUUACCUCAGCUGCCACGCAUAGUAUUUGAUGUUAACAUCUAUUUUUCUACUGGCUUUAUUUUUGUUAUAAAUAUAUGUGACACUUCUCAUAGAGUUAAAUUAUCACCCCUGCUGAUGUAUGUAAUGCUGGCUCUAGUUUGUUGUCAUCUUUUGACAGAAAUUGUCUAAGAUUUUGCUGUAGACAAUUUGCCUUACUUUCUGUGGCUUUAUGACAGAAAAGGUCUUCAAUUACGUUCUAUUUCUUUGAUUUUGUUCUUUUUUUCACAAAUAUGCAUAUGGAUUUAUGCAGCUUGCUUACGAAUGUUAAUAUGGACAAAGUAAGUGCCAUUAAAUAUUUCUUCAAUUAAAUAAACUUGUGAUAAAUGCCCUGGUUCAGUAUUUAAAAAAUAAAAAAAUUAUAUGUACUUUACAUUAUCAUAAAAUGUUUUUCCUAGUCUUCUGUCAUGAAUCUUUUGGACAUAAAAAAUAUUUUCUUGCAAUAUGGCAAAAAUAUUUUAUUUUUAAUGAGGCUAAUGAGUUCAAUACAUUUUGGGGUAUUUUUCCCCAUUUGCUGUUGAUUGAUGAGCUGCAUAUCCCAAAUUCAGCUUUAUGAUGUGACCCUGAUGCCUUUUGAAUAAAAUGAUCAGAAAGGUGUAGGGGUAACCACUGACUGCUGUACAAAAACAAAGCACCAUCUGAACUUUGCCUUACUGUCUGUACUAUGAUAUACCGUGAUGCAUUUAACAUCUGGCAAAGAAAGCAUCACAUCGACCCUAAGAUAUCCUAUUGUUGGUAUCUAUACAGGCAAAACAUCUUUUGAUAUUUUAUGUUGGUUUUCAAAUGUGAAACAGAAAUUAUUGUUAAAAUUAAAUUGGGUUAAUAAAACAAAUAUGUUU